GGGCCGUACGCAGCAGCAGCAGCGGCAGCAGCAGCGGCAGCAGCAGCAGUUUUGCCCUCAGGGCUUUUUUCUCCCCGACGUCGACCAUAACUAACAAUUUGGAUUCAACGCGCGGAUGAGGGCAAUUACCUACUGGACGUAAUCUAUCAUAAUGUCUCCAUUUCCGAUCGACUGAUAGUCAAACGAGUUAAGCAAUGGCUGAAGAGAUCUGAGUCCGCCGGGUGGCUGUUUAAAUGAAGCCCAACUAAAGAGAGAGAGAGAAAAAAAAGAACACACUUUCAUUUCAUUGCAGAGCAGACUUGGAGAAGCCGAUCGGUGGACAUCAUGUACAGAUUGGCGGAUUUUACCCUCAGAAAACCACUGAGUGGGUUUGAUUUCGGAUUACUGUGACACACAGGACGCGUUUUUUUAAGGGGGAGAUUUUUUUUUAAGGAGUCUGCUUCCUCUCGCUCCUGUUCGCUGUCCUCCGGGUUCCUGCAGGACUCCAGAGUCGCGGAGAGCCCAUGCAGUCGCCAAGGGAGAGGAGUGAAGUGCGACCCCGAGCUGGAUGGAUGGUUAUGGGGAAAAGAGGAAGACCCUCGGCGCUUGAAGUGUGCAGAGUCCUCGCCGUGUUUCUCUCACUCUUCCCAUCCGUGAGUCUGCAGUGCAAGAUCCUCAAGUGUAACUCAGAAUUUUGGGCCUCCACUUCGAACUCUGGACCGGAGGAGGAGUUUUGCACAGCGCUGCGAGCAUAUAACAGUUGCGUACGCCGGACCGCACGCACCUGCAGGGGCGACUUGGCGUACCACUCCGCCCAGCAUGGCAUAGAGGAUCUAAUGACCCAACACAACUGCUCCAAGGAGGGGCCGACAUCCCAACCACGUGCCCGGGUGCCGCUUCCUCCUCCACCUCCUCCGCUCCUGCCCGACAGCCAGGAGCGUUCCGAUGGCCCGGAAGUGUGCCACUAUGAGCGCAGUCUUCCACGCAACACAUCGCCGCCCAACUACACUCACUGUGGCUUCUUCGGCGACCCGCACCUCCGAACCUUUGGAGAUGACUUCCAGACGUGUAAGGUGGAAGGAGCCUGGCCGCUCAUCCACAACAAAUACCUGUCUGUCCAGGUGACCAACACUCCUGUAGUCCCGGGGUCUUUGGCCACCGCCACAAGCAAGCUGACAAUCAUCUUUAAGAACUUCCAAGAAUGUGUGGACCAGAAGAUGUACCACGCAGAGACAGAUGAACUGCCAGCUGCCUUUGCAGAUGGCUCCAAGAACGGAGGGGAUCGGCACGGAGCGAACACCCUGCGCGUGGUGGAGAAGGUUCCCGGGCAGCACGUGGAGAUUCAGGCCAGGUACAUCGGAACAACCAUCGUGGUCCGGCAGGUAGGCCGCUACCUGACCUUUGCUGUGAGGAUGCCAGAGGAAGUUGUGAAUUCGGUGGAGGAAGGCGAUAACCAGGACUUGUACCUGUGUCUUCACGGCUGUCCUGCCAACCAGCGCAUCGACUUCAGGAACUUCAGGGCUCGAGCAGCGGAGGCUCACAGCGCAGGCAGGACCAGGAGUGGCACCACGGCGCACGGCUUCACCUACCAGUCUGCAAAGGCCAAGUGCAAAGAGCGACUCCCAGUGGAGGAUCUGUAUUUUCAGUCCUGCGUGUUUGACCUCCUGUCCUCUGGAGACAUUAACUUCACCAUGGCAGCCUACUACGCCUUUGAGGAUGUAAAAAUGCUCCAUUCAAACAGCAACAGAUACCACAUCUUUGAAAAGGAUGCUUUUACAAGUAAUGCAGCACCGAGGGGCAAAGAUUUACUUUCUCUCUUCCUCAUCAACCUCCUCGCUGUCUUAUUGUGGAUUGAGUGUUGCACAGUUCAUCUAUAGUCCCUUUACAACAGUAUCCUCAUGGUGUAUCCGUCAGUGAGUGUUAGAGUACCAUCGCUGUGUCGUACAUCGGCUCCUCUCUUCUGCUCUGGUUCUGCGUCGUGACCUGGGCCUUGCCAGUAAGGUCACCCCAGCCCUAAGUCUCAUUUUAGUUGUAUUGUCAUGUCUUGACUUCAGUCUAAUGACAAGGGGAGUCCACCUAUCAUCACGUGUAUUUAGCUGGUUCAUGGGACUGGUCUUUGAAGAGAGCAGCGGUGAGAGAGCCCAGCUACUCCAAAGCUCAGGAUAUCCACCUGGGAUUAAAUCCCACAUUCUCACCGGGGCCGCAUGCCUAUGGGAAGCCGGACAAGAUGAUCUUUUGCAGAAAGAGGAGUUUGCUGAUCCUCCCUCCCCCCCGAUCCCCCUCAUUGGUGCCAAGCCAGUGAAGCUCUCUGUGGCUCAUGUGGCGAAGCUAGAGGACCUGACAGGGGCUUUUGUUAACCUAAGGCCAGAAGCAGCUCUAUGUUUGAUUAGUUUCCAGCUUUGGAAAAGCCUGAGCCUUGUGGAGGAAGCACUCAGCCAAAAGGAUGUCAGAGCAGCGUCUCCAGUUGUCUGCUGUGGAGAUUAAUGGGUCAUAUUGUUAGGUUAUAUGUACGCGCGUGUGUGUACGUGUGUGAGUGCAUUAGUAAAAUAUGUGUGCAGAAUUCAGUGUCUGUGGUUAAUUUUGUGUGUGUUUGCGGGUGCAGGAGUUCCCAGAAAUGAGAUAACAAACCUCCAAGUGGGAGAAAUCCGUCCCCAUGUCUUUUUGUCGCACCCAAAAUUUCUACAGCAGCAGAGGAGACGAGGCGCUCCGCAGUCUGUUCAAAUGGACGCUAUCUGCCAAGUAGCAAAUCCCAAAAGGGAACCGAUAAAAAUAAUCUCUUUUCAUCUGUACGUCCCUUCCAGUGUCAUACAGCCUUUCCCUCCAUUGUUUGAGCUGACACGUUGAUCAGACAGUGUUUGUGUUUUAAGUCUGUAAUGUGAAUGUAGCUAAAAAGAAAGCAAAAGAACAAACUUAGUUAAGGGGCACUCAGUGUUUACACAGUGUAGAUCAACCGGUCAAACUAUGACACCUCUUUGAGAGAGUUUUGUGAAUUUAACUCUCCAUUUCAAGUAACAGUGGUGUAGAUACUGUUAGUACUAACUGUAAAGACGUCACCUCUCGUCAGUUUAGCAUUUUAUAGACUACCAGUGUGCUGACCUGACUGUGGCUUAUUGAGUAAAUGAUAAGCAGAUGUCUGUAGACGUGAUUUCAUGGCUUAAGUCAUUGCCAAAGAACAAGCCCUUGUGCCAACAUUUCCUCAACAACUGAAUUUUCAUCUUACAGUCUUAAACAGUUCACAUUAGGGGGAUUCUUAAUUGUAUAUAAGUCGUGUUUGUGGGUGAAUUUGCGGUACGCUGAAAAGUCACACACACACUGUAAAAGCAGCAUUUGUCUCUUUUUUGCAGUCUCACCUUUCUUUUCUCUUUUGCUUGUGUUUCAUGAUAACACUCCUCACUACGAGAGGUUUCCAUAUGAACUUUGGCUCUCGGCUGCAGUGUCUGCUAAUGUGUAAGUCGUCCCUGUAGAUACUGUUACUACUCGGGCACAGUUUGACGGUCAUUUAUCCUUUACACUGAAGUAUUUGGCAGGCCUUACUACUGCUAUUUGGAAUAUGUAUUGGUGCAGUUUGACAGCUACACAAAAAAAAUCACACAAAAAUGAUUGUAAUGUUGAAUCUUGUGUUAAUAGAUGUAAUUUGUAUUGUGAGUUUUACAGUAUAUGGUUCUACAUGUGUAAUGUGAGAUUGUACAUAUGUUUUGUGAGUUGACGAGUUUAAAAUUUGUAUAUUACCAGUUGUGUUUUGAAUUUAUCACUCAAGUUUUUGUACAUCUGAUGCUUUGGUGAAUGUGAAAUUUUUUUUUUUUUUUUUUGAAAAGGGAUUCUUGCAAAAACAUGAACACCACAGAACAGAAUAUUCUAAAACAGCAUUUACACUUUAGUCUUUGUAGAGAUGUUGGUUGUCAUCACUUUUUGCUUACUUGGUCGCAGAUGAAGUACAAACACCUUGAAUAAACCGUGAAUGCAAGGGAAUGUAGAAAGUGUUCUGGGGCGUUCAUGUUUUUGAGUUUAAAGCACUUUAUGUUUAUUUUUUUCUUUUAUUUAGCUCUUAUUUUGUUUGGAAUUCUGUGUCAGACUUGUAAUGGUUAAAAA